UCAUUGCACUUCUGUCCUGUUCUGUCUGUCCUUUGCCCGCAAUAAAUAUGGCGGCGGGGCCAGGCAGUUUCCGGUUGGGUCCCCAUGAGGUAGGAAGUUCCGCUUCCUUGUUGUGAUCCGCUGUUGCGCUGCCCAGCUUGGUGCCUUCGACUGUCGCUCCUGAAGUCGCCAUGUUCGGGUCCUCGCGAGCGGGUGUGCGCGGGGGGCAAGAUCAGUUCAACUGGGAAGAUGUCAAAACCGAUAAACAGCGGGAAAAUUACCUGGGAAACUCAGUAAUGGCGCCCGUAGGCCGUUGGCAGAAGGGCAAGGAUCUGACGUGGUAUGCCAAGCAGAAGGACGGAGGCGCAAAGCUCUCACGAGAACAGGAGCUGGCUGCCGUUAAACAGGCCGAAGAGGAAGCCAUGUUGGCCGCACUGGGCUAUAAGAAUGUCAAGCGUCAGCCUACUGGCCUUAGCAAGGAGGAGUUUGCUGAAGCGUGCAAGAGGGAAGGGACGGAGAGAGACGAGAAAGACGUGGACAGAGUCAUGGGCUUAGGAAGCUCCAGUGUGAGCUCCAGCAGAAUGAUGCUGUCAAAGGAAGACAAAGAAGCAGCAAAAAAGGGCUUCUCCAUUUUCACACACCAGAAAACACAAGAAGCAGCCGGCGACAAGAGGAAAACCGAAGCAGCAGAGGAAGAGUCGAAAGUCAGCAGAAAGAAGGCCAAGAAGGAAAAGAAGAAGAAGAAAAAGAAAGAGAAGAAAAAGCAGAAGAAGGCGAAACAUGAUCGAGAAGAUUCCUCUUCAACUGAUGACAAAGAGAGGUGGAGGAAAGUCGUCUCCCCGAGAUGUCGUUCAUCAUCGCCCCGGCACAUUGGAGCCCGCAGAGCUGACAGUCAUUCAUCAGCCGAGAGAGGCUCGCCCAGGACACGCAGGAGACAGCGCCAUGACACUCUUUCUUCAGAUGAGACUUCUCCUCGCCCGCUGGCACGGCCCCCCACUAAGCCAAGAAGCCGAAGUCGUGAUAGAGGGGACACACAGCGACCGAGGAGAAGGAGGUCAAGGUCUCCACGGGAAACCAAGCGAAGGCACGACACAGACUCGGAUGAUUAAAGGGAGUCUGUCCUGAUUUUUAUGAUGUCGUUUUUAUUUCUAAAUGACACUGUUUACACUGCAAAUAAUUCACUCUACAAUAUAAAAUGUCAUUCCUGAA